GGAGAAUGGAAUUCAGGUGCCCAUCAGAGCAUCUCCCGGGGAAAGCCAAGAGUUGCUUCGCCCGCUGAAGCAGCAGGAGGACGCCCAGAAGCUGAGAUCCUCUACAGGAUGGGGAGCAACGUGCGCCUUCGCCGGGAGCAGCAGAUCCCCCUCGGUCCCCAUGUAAGCGAGAUCUCGACAGAGAGCCUUUUGUUUCGGGAACUGCGGCCGGGGGCGGGGGGGAGAGACAGACACAGAGAGAGCGCCUUUGGAAGGCAAUGGAGAAAAAGAAAGGGUUUGUUGCGACGAAUGGGGGACGUGGGGGAGGCGUUUUUAUGUGUGUGGGAGGGGGGGUCGCUUCCAUCCUCGCCUUUUGUGCCUUAAGCCACCCGCACCUUUGUAGGAUAGGGACCCCGCACGGCUCGGAACAGAAUCGGACCGAUGCAUGCAUACAAAACACACAGAGAUGGGUCUCUCUCCCACCUACAUUUGAUGCACCGAGUUCGCUUCUGCUCUGCCUUUCCCCCGGGCAAGGGGGGGAGAUCCUUUCUCCGGCGACGGAGAAAUGUUAUGACUGGCCAGCGAUUGGCGUUAGCUCGUUUCCAGACAGAGGGGCAGAGACUGUCUGGAAACGUCUGAGAGACAAGCCCUACUCCCUUUCCACUCCCAUUCUGGUCAGAUACUCAAUAGUAGUAAGUUGUUGUUUGGGGGAGGGGUGUUCCCCAGAGUGUAAAGGAAAUGCACUCGUCACAUGCUCAGGUGCACUCUCAUCUCCUGGGAACAGAGAGCUGAGCUGAGCUCAGAGGAACCCUGGUUUAAUUUAUACACCAGCCUUGCUUAGGAAGUCCAGGUCGCUUUUUAGAGGGGCUCUGAGAAGGGUCCCACAUGCAGGUUUAGUUUCAGCAACAAGAGCCCUCCUGUUCCUGGGCCACCCCAGUCGCAACCUCUCUCACAUCUUGUCAAAACUCCCCACCAAGAGCUGUAGAUGCAAGUCUUGAUAUACUAAAGCACUUUCUAAUUUGAGUUGUGCCACGAUUGCUACCCUUACUCUAAGGAAGCUAUGCUGCUAUCCCUGCUGUGUUCUAGUUUGUGGCAGUGUGUAUUGAGGCUGCAACUCUGAGACUGAGCCCCACAGAACUUAACUGGACUUCCUUCUGAUACAGAUACAUAUAGGAUUGCACAGCAAGAGUUUGAAAUCCCUGCAGCAGUUAUUUUAAAAGCAAUUAUCUGAGACCUAAAGCUCCUAGUGCUUAGUGUCUUCAGAAAUGGGCAGCAGGAAGUUUGGGGGGAGUGCCUGUUGUUUUAUUGCAAGAUGUUUCCUCUGGAAGUCUUUGCGUGGAAAUGAGGUACAUGUUUCAUGUCAUCAAGCCCAGUAUUCCUUCAUAUAAAUACUCAGAAAUAAGAAGUUUACUUGGGAGAAAGCCCUGAUGAAAAUUGCAUAGAAUUAGAGCACUUAGCAGACUUUUUUUAAAAAAAUGCGUACAUUACAGGUUCACACACGCAUUGAAAGGCUGGAAUAGCAUCUAUAUGUGUACUGUACCUGUGAGAUUGCGUUCAACGAAUGACAAAUGUUUGUGCACAAUGAGCAAAAUGCCUGCCGUGUGUUUGAGAAGAGGGCUUGUGUACUGCAAAGAGAUGUGUACAUCCUUCGCAUUGCACCCCUCUGAUCUUGGGGGUAUAGCUCUUCCAUCAAGUAUUAAGCAACCGUGUAAAGCACAGCAUGAAUAGGACAGGAGCUUGAUUUAAAUUGUACAAGCUAAACUGAAGUAACUGUUGCUGUGAACACAGAGUGGUCUUCAACCAUGUGGCAUUCCCACCCCUGUGAUCCCUGCUCUGGAGAAUUGGAGGAAUCCCCAGAGCAGACUUAGGAGGCACACAGGGAAAGGAAAGCACAGAAAAGUCCCAUUGCACAAGUGGAACUUGUUCCGCCCGGGCAAAGUGGAUAGGGCUGCAUCAAAUACAACCCAUAAUGUCCCAGGUGUCUUGCUUUGGAUAUCAAACUGUUAAGAAAAAUCUUAGCCAACCGUAGCUGAGAUUAUGAAUUUAUAGAGGAUAUGGGAAGUGAUUAAACAUGCUCAUCAUGGGGCAAAGUGACCUAUUGACCCCUUCCACCCAUUAUGCAUAUAUAGUAAUUGUUACAUGGAUUCUUGCAUCUUAAUAGUACACACAACAUAAAAACAAGCCUCACUUAUGUUUUGGAUCAGGGUUGCUAAGCUGGACAGAAAGAAAUCUUCUUUUGUGGUGGGAACCCACAAUUCGCAACCAUGAGAACUGGAUUUUUUAAUGUUUUUGCUGAUAAACUUGACCAGGUUGCUGUGAGGUGUGUAGGGGGAGCAAACGCAGCAUUGAUGCAAGUGGAAGAUAAUGCCUUAGGUGGCAAAAUGGGAAGCGACUCAGUUUUUACAGGUUUUGCACUUCUUAUAAACUCAGGUAGAAGUUUCUGAGUGAGAUUGAACCAGCAUGAUUCUUAGAGCCAUAGGGAAGACAGGGGGCAGCAGGUGUGUCUGCCAAAAAAUAAAUUAGUUCUGCCCUGCCCUCACAGCAUUAUUUAUUUAUUUAUUGCAUAUAAAACAGAGUUCCUUCCCCUUUAGAAUCCAUUGCACCCUUUUUCUUAGCUCUACAAAUAAUAAUAAUAAUAAUAAUUUUUAUUUAUACCCCGCCCUCCCCAGCCAAGGCUGGGCUCAGAGCGGCUUACAAGCAAUAAUAAAAACAAGUUGAAUGAUUACAACUUAAAAACAAAAUUAAAAUACAACAUUAAAUAUUAAAUAUUACAAGUCUUGUGCACCCUCACUGGGCAGAUUCAGGCUUUUCUAUACUUCUUGUGCUACAGGUUUGCCAAAGCCACUGAUUCUGUUAUAGGUGACAUUUACUGAGAACCCACUGAGUAAAAAAAGGUUUCUUCUUAAGUGGUUUGGGAGACCAUUUGCUAGGGAUGAGCCUGCAUGCCAGAGGUGUCCUUAAGACGAAAACCAUAAACACAAAAGUAAGCUCAGGCAGUGAGUUCAAUGGAAUACACUUCUGAACAAGCGUGCUUCAGAUCACACUGCCUAUUUUUCUCAAGAACAUGACAUGAAUUACUGUGGAGAUCAAGUCUACCUGGAAGUUAGGCUGUCUAAUCUAGAAGCCCUACUCCCAAAUCUCAGAAGCAUAGCUUUCUGUGGCUUGGUUAUUUGUGGAAGAAAUGUACACUGCACAGACUUCUUGAAGCACUGUUACACAGCAUGUCCAGCACUCGUGUGUAUUUAACAUUCAGCUCUGAAAGGGUUUGAACCUUUUGCAUGGGAUCAGUAUGUGCGUUCAUUUAAAAAUGUGUGUAUACCUUUAACUCUCAUGCCCAAUAAAGAAUUUAUCACACAAGGAAGUAGAAAAAUGUUGGUUUAUUACACAGAAAUAUAAGCAGAGUAUGUGGGUGCCAAUUCAAACAGGAAGCUUACAAUUAUGCAGGCAGAAAAUAACCAUACAGUGCAUACACAGCUUGAUUCUAAAGGGUGAAGAAGAGUCCUUAAACUAACUCCAAAGUCUGGAGAGGGAGCGCAGCAAUGUGCUACAGACAAUGUGCACUAAAAAGAAAGAAAAUAAGAGAAGGGGUGGUUAUACUGUCCUUGAAGCGUAAAGGAACACAAAGUCUGGGAUCAGAGAUCUGUGCCUUCUGUGAGACGUAAGCUACCUGCUUGGGAGUGAGAGUUGCUCAGUGGGUAGAGCCCGAGACUCUUAAUCCCAGGGUUGUGGGUUUGAGCCCAUGUUGGGCAAAAGAUUCCUAAGUUGCAAGGAGUUGGGUUGAUGCUUAAAAUCACUGAGGAGCAAAGAGGGGAUCUUACUGGAGCUGUUGGUUGACUAAGCAUUGAAAAUCAAGGGUUUGUUUAUACUUCAAAGCUAACUAAACUUUAUGAAAAGGAGAGGCGGCAUCCUAAGCAAAGAAUGUUAACACCUAAGACCUUUCAACCAUUGUUUAUUCCUGCUGCUUUACUGAGAUUGAAGUAAAAAGGCCUAGUUGAAGAGGAACGUUUUUUGCCUGGCAUCUAAAGAUAUGUAACAAAGGCACCAGGCGAGCAUCCGUGGGGAGAGCAUUCCACGAAUGGGGAGCCACCACAGAAAAGGCCCGUUCUCAUUUUGCUACCCUCCAAACCUCUCAUGGUUAGGAUUUAUCCCUCAAGCAGCUUUGUCAGGAAGAAUCCAGGUUCCCCGGCCACAUGUCUGGCCAUCAGUAGCCAAGGUCAGAGGUAGUCAACAUGGUACCCUGCAGAAAUUGUGGACUAAAACUUUCAUCAGCCCCAGCCAGCAUGGCUAAUGAUCAAGGAUGAUACUAGUUGUACUCCAAAACAUCUAGUCAUACCUCAUGUUGUGUCCGCUUCAGGUUAUGGCUUUUCAAGUUGCAUCCUGUGGCAACCCGGAAGUACCAGAACAGUUACUUCCAGGUUUCGCAGCUCGCGCAUGCGCAGAAGCACUAAAUCGCGCUGCAUGCGUGUGCAGACGCGGCGCUUCUGGAUGCAAACGCUUCGAGCUGCAGAUGUGCCUCCGGGACGGAUUACAUCCACAACUCGAGGUUCCACUGUGGAGGCACAAUGACUACCCCAGACUAGGGUAUCAAAAUGUUGAAAGCUAACCCUGUGCUUGCUUAAUCAUAUAAAGACCUAGGCAAAAUUGAUUUAUUGUUUUGGUAAUUUGAUUCUUGGAGAUUUUAUUAUGUAUUAUGUAAGUUUAUGCUGUGUUCUGCUCUGGGAUUAAUGGCUAGCAGCUUUUAAAUUACCUAAGCAAAUAAAUAAGCAGACAAUAAGUAGAAACAUGAACACAACCAAACCACAGCAAAGAUGACUGCAGAAUCACUUUAACAUGUACACUGAGGCCUAAAUUAAGCGGAUAAGCAGAAAAAGAAACAUAACCAAAACCACAGCAAUCAUAUACUGAACAGUUUUGCAUUAAUCGAUCAAUAAGACUGCAUUAGCGGGACUAAUACAUAACUGAAAAGCAAAGCAUGUAGAGUUGUCUUUGAUGUAAAAGUUAUAUUAAAUACCAUAAAAACAAUUCCAGUUACAAAUAUCUGCAGGAAUAGAGAUAAUGUGUAGCAAAAGUACUUGGAAUCCUCUCCUCGAGUCUCCUACAUCCUAGAUUAAAGAUCGCCACCUCACAUUACUGUUAUAUUCAUUUUAUUGACUUAGGGAAGAGAUAAACUACUUGCUGACUUGGUGUGAGAAAUUGAGCAGAUUUAAUGGCUGAUAUAAUCAACUGCUGGGGUUUUGUAACAUCACAAUUUUAAAGUAAAGCUCUAAUUGCUGGGGAAAUGUCUUUCUGACUCUAUAUAAAAACGUUCACCUGAAUUGGCUCUGGUGGAAUUACACUGGACAGUAGCAAAGCCUCAUAUCCAAGCAUGAACCCAUGCAGAGAGUGUGUGUGGUAUGGGAAAAUGAUCAGAAGACAUCCUGCCCCAGCUUCUGUUGCUCCCAGCUACAUGAUUACUAUUGAAUCUCAAAAGGCUACAUAAGCCAUUGUUUAGUGUUAUGGGGGGGACGGGGGACAAUAACAUUCAUAGGACUGCAACACUCCCUUCGUCCCUCGUCCCCACCCGCAUGACAAUAUUAAAUACAUUUGUGAUUCCAGUUUGUGGCACACCAGUUUUGCCAUUUCACCCAAAUCUUGCAAACUAGGGUUACAAAUUAUGUUGAAAUUAUAUUUUGCAAUUUUUGUUUGAAUAAAGUGGCAGAACUGUGGCUGGUUGCAAACCUGGAACAGAAAUUGCUACGCUUGGUGAGUGUGGUAGGAGGAGAGAUUAUGAGCCUGAGCUCAUUCAUGCUUGUUUUUUUUUCCUACUUAACCACAGUUUGGUACAGUCGAACCUUGGAAGUCGAACGGAAUCCGUUCUGGAAGUCCGUUCAACUUCCAAAACGUUCGGAAACCAAAGUGCGGCUUCUGAUUGGCUGCAGGAAGCUCCUGCAGCCAAUCGAAAGCCAUGGAAGCCCCAUCGGACAUUUGGUUUCCAAAAAUAGUUCACAAACUGGAAUAGUCACUUCUGGGUUUGUGGUGUUUGGGAGACAAAACAUCCAAGUACCAAGGUGUUUGGGAUCCAAGGUACAACUGCUUUAACACCUGAAAAACAUUGUAGUAGCAAUAACAUUCCCUAUGGUUAGCCUUAAGCUAGAGUUUGAUGCUGGCUUUGAAAUAUACUUUAGGGAUAUAUAUUCUAUCCUUCAACAAAGAAAAGAGAACAAAACCAAAAACAGUUUAAAAGCUGUGUUUUUAAAAGAGCAGCAUAAAAGUAUUCAGCAGAAAUUAGAUUGAAAAGCCUAAUUAUUAUUUUUUUUUUAAAAAAAAAAGAUGCUGAAACUACAUCAGAGUAUGAAUUGGGUGAGUCUCCCUGGUAAGAGCAUGCAUACCACAGUCAGAGUGCCACCACAGAGAAGGUCCUUCCCAUGGGAGCCACUCAGUGGCUAGCAGGAGCACCCAAAAAAAGGUAUUCUGAGGAAUAUCUUGAUGUAAAGGCAAGCACACUGCAAGCUGACCUUCAAAGCUUGGUUAAAGGUAAUUGUGAUUGUACAAGGCCACCCCUGCCGUAAAGCAAAGCAUGCUGUGUGCUAGGGAAUAGUUUGCCAUUCUGUCACUGAAGUCAGACUGUUGUUAUCUUAAUCUGCAGUUCCUUGAGUGAAGUGUAUUUUAAGAAGCGAUAAUAGGAGAGGAAGUGUUUCAGUCUGGCAGGGGCACUUCUUUCUAUAGUUAGUUCUAGUUUGCAGAACUCUCAGGAUGCAGGCCUAUACAUAUUUAUCUGAGAGAUAAGGCACUUUGAGCUUCUGUAAUCAUGCAUAGGAUUGGCGCAAUAAGCACAUAUGAUGAUUCAUUCAUUUUGUAAAAGCACCGAGUAGUGUAUUCAAUGCUUCUAGAGCAUCCCCAAAUCUUGCAUAUGAAUAAUGCUGAAGCAGGAACGUUAACCAUAUCUGCCUUAAAAAAUACAUUUGCAAAUCCAUUAUAUUACAGAAUGUUUACCCACCUAAUCUGAGUCUGAAGCAACAUGAACAAUGUACCAGAAUUUUUACUGGCAUGGUGUCGAGCCUGAGGGAAAAUAUAUUUGUCAGGAAAGUUUUGCAUUUAUACAUACAAUCAGCAUUUUGGACUUUAGUCAUAAUUUGAAAAGCAGUAAAGUUCACACAGGGCAUACUGCAUAAUACCUCCUCCCUGUGGAUCACAAAUACCUCCCCCCCCCCCCCCGGAUUUAAAGCAGGGACAAUAGCAUGGAGGAAAGGGUUAAUAAGAACCCCCCCCCCAUUCCACUCAAAUUAUCAAACAACCACCUCUUUCUCUUGGCUGCAUUUACACCAUAAAAAGCAAUAGCAGAUUGCCAGAUCAAUAGCAGAUCUUCUGGCAAAAUGCAUAGCUCAACUGUCAUUUGUGCAAAUUAUUCAAGUAUGGUCUUUGUAGGCAAACGUGCACCUCUGGGCACCACACUGCUAAUGCCUUGCAUAAAUGCAUAACACUUUUGUGAAUGGGGAUCACAAAAAAUAUUCCAACUACCUAUGUUUUAUAGAGAAAUUAGCAAGAAAAAUAUACGUAUCUCAACAGUUAUCCAUGUCCUGCACUCACAGAAAGGAUUCAUGUGAGUCUGUUGCUCCAAAUGUAGCAUGCAAGGAGUGUGUAACAUUAUUCACAUGGGAAAUGCUCCUCUGUAAGCUACAACAGUGUGUUUAACUGCUGUUUAGGUACCUGGAAUUUAAAUUCACUGGCUGACCUUCUGACCAUGUGUAAAUUGCACCAUUUAUCCAUUUGCCCUUGUGCACUGAAUUAAUAUUUAACAAGAACUGUUCCUUUCUAAAACCUAAAGAGAUAACCAAGCUAUAUUAAGCACCUUAUCAUAGGCUCUCCCUUUCUCUUGAAAUAUACCUAUUACAUAUAGACAAUAAGGAAAUAAACACCCUAAUUUUAUUAUCAAUAUCUACAGGACAGCUCCAAAGUGUAUUCUGAAAUAAGGCUAUCACCACAAAGCAUUAUGCUUCCUGUCCCAUAUGGCACCAGGCCUUUUUCCGGUCCCAUCUUGCCAGUUCAUACUCUUUCUCUUCUUGACCUUUCAGUAAACCCCUGGAGGAAUUUUAUUUAUUUAUUUUCUCUGGAAAAUGAAUUCCCUACGUACAGGUAGACAAAUUACGAUCACUAGGAACAUCUAUAGUCACUGACUGCCCAACCUUAUGCAAGUUCUUUCAAUAGUAAAUCCAACCAAGGCAGCAACCCUUUGCACCCUAACUAGCAGAGCUGCCCGAAUACUUUUUAUUUAUUUAUUUCAAGCCUCUCCGGCUUUCCAGCUUGCUGCCUCGUUUCUCUGUCACAUCACUCUCCCUCAUAUCUAUGCGCUAAACAGUGUUAGAAACUGAGAUAUGAAAGCUUAGGAGCUAAAUGGCACCUUAAACCUAGGUUAUGGGCACAACAAUGGAAUGUCUAGGUGCACUUUUUUAUAAGAAUGCAAAGCAGAAAAUAAAGGAACUGCAGCUAAAAUAUUAUGUUCAUUUCUCACAUGGUCUAGUCCUUCCCAUGCCCACCCUCCCCUAAUAUUCUUAAGAGGGUCUCUUCUCCAGUCUUCAGAGAGUAGCUGGGAGUGGGGAGGCAGAAAAAAGUCCUUUCUUUCCACUCUGUAGUUUUAAUCUGAAAUCUUAGGCCCAGAGCUCAGAAACUGCUCACACUAAUGAAAUUCCCUGUCGCAAAAUGCGCAAAGAACAAUGGGAGUUUCGAACACUGACACUGGCUUUAUCUGUUUGUUGAGGGAGGGCCCCCCAUUCAUUUCUCAUCUUGCACCAAACCCCUUCAUCUUUUGUUCUCUUAAUGGCCGGUCACCCAGGCAAUCACAGGAAGCUAGCCUGGCUUAAUUACCUUUUAACACUUGCUGGAUCCAGGGAUUACUGUAUAGGGGUCUGGCACCCACAAACUCAUAACACUAUGUUGGGUUUUUGCAAAUGGCAUUGAGUUGCCCUGGCAAGGAAAAGUGACUAAUAAAUAUAAUAAAUAAUAAUCAUCGUCAGGGGUGUUUUUUGAGCAGGAACUCGGGAGGAAUGGAGUUCCCUUACCUUUUUAAAUAUUUUUUUUUUUUUUGGUCGGGUGGGAUGGGGGGCUGGAACGAAUAUAUACCCAAUGCCUGAGCCAAAAAUCCACCUAUAACUGUAAUCAAUAAAGUUGUGGCAGUUUCUAAUCCAGACCAUUGUCUGCUUGAGUUUAUUAAUCACAGUUUACAUUUCAGGGGUGCCAACUUGUCCAAAGAAAUUGAGGGGGGGCAGGCGGGCGGUGAGCCCCACCCUGCAUAAUCAAUCACAUGAUGGGGUGCAUACGCACUACAGUAUUUGAAUGGCAAUGCCCAUCAACUUUGUGGGGGCCAGGCCCCUCAAAUAUUUUAAGAGGGGCACAAAGACUCCAUGGACCCUAGGAGUUGGCUCCUAGCAUAGCUGUCAACCGUCCCUUAUGUGGCGGGAAACUCCCUUAUCCCAGCGCCGUUACCCGCUGCUGUCCAGAUUGAUGAUGUCCCUUAAAUUUCCCGGGUUUCAUGCUCGUCCGGCUCGGGAGGGAAGCAGCGGCUCGGGGUCCUCCACCUUGAGAGAGCGUGCGCAUGAGCUGCCGUGUCUCCGUCUCUCCCUUUUCCCCCUCAGGGGCGCAUCGUGAGGAGACGGGUGGCGGCGGGCGGGUGGGCAGCCCCUCUCUUGCGAGACUUCUGCCGCGCUGCCAGGGGAAGCCGGAAGCGGCAGCGGCGGCUGCUGAGGAGGUGGCCUGAGGGAGAAGGAAGAGGAGGGGACGGGGAGGGACGCAGAAGGGCAGCGCUCCAGCGGCCGCCGCGGCGCUGCAACCGCCUCAUGCCGGGCUCUCGGGCGAGAGUCCCUCUUCCUCUCUCUCGGGCGGGGAAGGGCCAAUGGAACUCCUUGCGCCAGGAGGAUGGCAGCCCUGACGUGCUGCUUAGCAUCCCCUCCAGCCAGUGCAGCAUCUUAAUGUAGUGAUUUCCCCCUCUGCAUCCCUUUCAUAACUCUAUUUUUAUAAAUCAAUUGUCCAUCCAUAGUUCAAAUUUUUACCACAAGUUUUCUGCCGAUCCUACCAAUGUAUGUAACUCUUUACAAUAGCUUUUCCAAUAAAUUAUAAACUUCCCCCAUUCUUUAUUAAAGAGGUCCUCUUCCUGGUUUCUAAUUCUGCCUGGAAGCUUUGCCAUCUCGACGUCGUUCAUCAGUUUUGUCUGCCACUCUUCUUUGGUUGGAGUUGUAGACCCUUAGGAUCAUCUAGUCCAACGCCCUGCAAAACACAGUCAGGGGCAGCCAAAGCAGCAGGGCUCCAUCAGUGCCGGAUUUCUGUAUAAACUAAGCCAAAAUCCCUUAUUUUGGCUGCUGGUCCCUUAUUUUCAAAUCUGUAAGUUGACAGCUAUGGCUCCUAGUGUUUGUGUGGCACUGCGACUGGGCCCAUAAUAAACAAAGAAGCAAAUUUGGUCAAUUCCCCCACAUUUCUUUCCAGAAAAACAACAAAACUGAUAAUAAUUAACGACAUCAGCAAUACUAAUAAUACCCCUUCGUUCCCCACCCCGCGCCUCAGGCAAGUCUUUUCUGGGGUCGACCCAGGGGAAGGGGAGGAGAGGAGAGGCGGCCGAGGAACCUCUUCCCGCCAAUUCCAUCCUCCUCUCUCUGCAAGAAGGCGGCUGCCAUGGGCGAGCAGAAGCCGCCUCCGAGCCUGAGGGCGAAAGCGCCUCCUCCCCGGACUGCGGCCGUGCAGGUGCGGCGAGGGAGCCGGCGCGCUUAACGGCGAGCCGGGCCGCGGCCACGCAGGCGCCUGGCUCCCAGCGACGCGGCAGCCCCUCCAUCCCCACAGCAACGACGCGCCCAUUUUGUUUCGGAAAUCGCCUCGCCGGCGGCCCCCAGGCGCCUCCGCGGCAGAAGCUGCCCCGUUAGGCCGCGUGAGGCGGAGCCCAGGCCCGGGGCGGGGGCGCGAAGCGGAAAAACUGAGGUAAAUAUUUCCCCUCACGGAUUUUCUCUUCAAGCGGGGAAGCGGAGAAGGGGUUGGGAGGCCGAGGAGGCGGGAAGGGCCGGGGCCAUCGCUCUCCCUCGCCGCCAAGGAGCAGAGAGACGGGUCUUCGGCAAAACGGGCAUUUGCUAUUUUUUGAGGGGGGGACACGCCGUGUGUGUCUCUUCUAUUUGGAGAGAAGGUGCCAUGUCUGCCUUUCCAAAAAAGAGAGACUUUGCUGCAGCCCUCUCCCCAUGAUGCGCCCGAAACAAGCACCCAGAUAAGGGGAUGGGGGGGGAACCCCCACUUGUUUUCGUUUUCCUCUUUCCUAUAUAAUUUGGUUUCCAUUCUGAAGGGGAGCGUGGAGAGUAGCGGGUAAAUCGUGGCAGCAGGGAUCGCUGCCCUCACAUGGCAGUUGCCGGAGGCUCUCCAUCUCCUCCUCCCCUUCCUGCUGCUUGGUGGUUUUAACAUUGAGGCUGCAAAAGCCUGGCCGAAGCAGGAUGUUAGUUAACAAAUAGCAGCCUUAAAAAAAAAGAUGGUGGUGAUGAUAAUCAUCAUCUCGCAAUGGGUGCAGCGGUGGCUGCUAGAAAGUAGAUGCUGUGUGGUUUUAGAUUAGGGGUUGGGAGGAAAUGGAGGGAAGUGGGUGCGUUGGCAUUUGGGGCCCACCGUGUGCCAGAGGCAAGAUGUUAUCGCUCAGAGAGGCAGCUUCGAAGACCCAGGAAAGAAGGCUGAAAUCUGAGCAUUCCCUAUUUUGCUUAAACUGUUUUAAAACCUAGAAAUGCUCUGAAAGGUGUUCCCCCAAAUGGCAAGACAGGUUUUUUUAAAAAAUAAUAAUAAUCAGGGAUAUGUACCAGAAAAGUGGAUCUGUUCCUGGGUAAAAUAGGGACAAUUCAAACAUAAGUACAUAUGUAUGUAUGUAUGUAUGUAUGUAUGUAUAAAUAAGUAAAUAAAUAAGUAUACCACCCUAUACCUGCAGGUCUCAGGGUGGUUCACAAGAUAAAUAUAUUUUGAUAAUGGCUAUCAAUCACUAUAGACAGAUCGGUCCCAUUUUGAGGGCGUUUGCCUUGAAAGCUAUUUUAAUAGCACCAGUUCAGCUUCAGAAUAUUGCCAUGGCCCCAACAUCGUUUAAUAUUAAAUUACUGCAUUAUUUUUAAGUGUUACAGCAGAGGUGGGGAACCUCUGGCCUGUGGGCCAGUCUUGAUCUGCCAAGAGUUCUAGUUUGGUCCAUGAAGCCAUUGUUCAAAAUCAUGCCGAACUGUCAAUCAGCUGACAUCGCUCCAAUAGGUGGGUGACAUCAGCUGAUGGGUAGGGGUUUGGGGUUCAAUUCUGAAUUGGCUGCAUAUGCCAGUUCCCUAUGGAUUUAACACCUAUGGAUAUAAGUAGCAGGACUUAAUGCCUGCUCAUCAGCUGAUGGUUUAAAAUGGGAUGUGUAGCCAAACUGGGCAUGCUGCUAAAAUCAUGGGCACUUUGCUUCUUCUCUACAGUGACCUAAGCUAUGGGCUGGCUGAACAUUCUAUUCAAGCCCAAAUUCAUGGUUUGUUUUUCCAAAAUGAACUACCUUUAAACCAUAGUUUAGUUUAAUUAUGGUUCACACAUCUCUUUAAACCAUAGUUUAGUUUAAUUAUGGUUUAAAGAGAUGUGUGAACCAGGCCAUUAUCUUACUCCCUGCAAAUGUUCUGCUUGUAUGUUUAUUGGUUACUAGUGAUAUUAUUAUAUUGUUCUAUUUAAUUAGGCUAACGUUAUAAUGUAUAUCACAUAGAGGCUGCAGCAUUAGGUUAGGUUAACAUAUGCAAAAAAAUAAUAUUAAUCUCCAGUGGUUAGAAUAGCUGUCUAUAAAUAUAAAUGAGGUUUGCAUUCUGCAAGCAUAGGCCUAUUUUUCUGGCUGCUUUUGCAAGUGUUCUCCAAAUCCAAUUGUUUUUUCUCUAGUCCUAAUUAAUGGACCUAGCUGCAUUGAAUUACUUUUUUUAGCUGCAAGGGUGCUAUAACCUUGAAAUGUUAUAGCAUCUUAGAUUGUUUGUGUUGAAAUAAAAGUUGAGGGAUGUGCAUUUUGCCAGGUGUAUUUCCUAACUCCAUCCCCUUAGGAUGUUUUAGCUAUUAGGUUCUUUAUCAAACCAGUCCCCCACUCUUUAAAAAUUAAUGAUUAACUAGGAGAAGAAUGGGAGUUUUUUUUGUUUGUCUGUUUGUUUGUUUAUUUGUUUGUUUGCUUUAAUCACAACUAAUAUGUUUAUGCAUAUCUGGAUUUGUAAUCUUCUUUUCCCCUUGUAUGUGGGUGACCCUAUUUUGCUACAUGGUAUCACCCACUAUUGGAAGGGAAUAUAUUAUGCAAAAAAACAAAUAAACUACUACGUUAAACAAGGCUGUGGAUCCUUACCAGAAAGCAUUCACAAAAAAAUCUCCAUAAAUAUGUGACUGAGAAAUCCAAGAUAAGCAUAACAUUGGUUGGGUAAAUGUUUCAGCUUCUGCCUUCAUUGGUAACACAAAACUGUUUAAUUUCAAAAGGAACACUUGGAGUCACCAAAUGCUCUGGACAGAGGGAAUUCUCAGGAAAGCUUACAUAAAAAGAGAUAUAUUUGUGCUAGAAAUAUUUAAAAUAGGAUUAAAAACACAGAGAACCCUUUAUGUAUUAUCCUUCAAGUUGAAGCCUUAAGGCAUUUCAGUUUUCAGUCUGUGUAUCUGGGUGUUGUCUCUUGCUUCAGGUCUGUUAGAAAUGACUCUCUGGUUGGAAGGGAAGGGAGUGGAUGCUCUGCCAGCCAUAGGGGCAGCACAUUUCUCUCCUUGUGCCCUCAACAAACUCUGAGGAGGACUUUGACACAAUAAAGAGGGCUUGGGGGCAAGGUGACCUUGCCACCCAGUUGCCCCUUUGCUUUUAGAAGCAUCUUGGACAAAAAGCGGGCGGGGAGGGAGGGCAGAGGUGCUGCCUUCUCACUCAGGGCAACAGUAAAUAGUCGCUGCAGUGGUGCCCACCAAGUUUGCUGAGUACCAAGGAAAAGGAGACGCAUGCUAAAGUGGAGAGUUGUUCUCAAGCUGGCUGCAGCACUUGGUGGCAGCUCAGGGGUGCCAAGCAGUGGCACAAUUUUUGCGACCCCCCCCCAAGCCUAUGCCCUUGGCAGGGACCACCCUAGCCAACCCCUACGUAUGCCCCUAUGUGAACAGUAACUGACUGCAAUGGGUAAGGUAAAGGGACCCCUGACCGUUAGGUCCAGUCACGGAUGACUCUGGGGUUGCGACGCUCAUCUCGCUUUAUUGGCCAAGGGAGCCGGCGUACAGCUUCUGGUUCAUGUGGCCAGCAUGACUAAGCCGCUUCUGGUGAACCAGAGCAGCGCACGGAAACACUGUUUACCUUCCCGCUGGAGCGGUACCUAUUUAUCUACUUGCACUUUGACGUGCUUUUGAACUGCUAGGUUGGCAGGAGCAGGGACCGAGCAACGGGAGCUCACCCUGUCGCAGGGAUUCAAACUGCCGACCUUCUGAUCAGCAAGCCCUAGGCUCUGUGGUUUAACCCACAGCGCCACCCGCGUCCCUGACUGCAAUGGGAGGUGGUAAUAAAUAAAAGUGGGUUUCUGUCGCUGAUCCUGAAAACAGUUCAUAAACUGGAUAACUUAUUAUCAUGGUUUAAAAGUAUGUACCGGUAAUUUGUUUCCAGCUCCCACAUUGCCACAGUAAUGACAAUGAUUUCAGCUCAGAAAAGUAUACCUAUUUAAUUUUCACAUUCUGCUUGGUUAACAGGUAACUGUUCAGUUUUGUAGAUCCUUUGCUCCUGCAGUUCACAUUCCUUUGCUGUUUUGGCAUUUAAAUUGGCCUAACCCUUUGACUGAACAGGUUCCCUUGCUCCUCGUAUGCUGUAUGUUGCAUGCUGUUUGUUUUAGCUGAAAAAGCAUCAAGCUUCAAAAGAGGAGUAAUUUAGGAGUUAAACAUGACUCACUAGCCAGUGUUGAGGAAGGAGAGGCGGAGUAAUUCUGAUGCAAAUAUUAGUAAAAGCUAAUAUUUAAUCCUUCACUGGGUGGUGUGCGAAGAGAUAGAAGGUAACAUUUCCUUGUUCUAAAGCUAAAAAUAUAAAUAAAAAAUUAUUGAGAGUUGUCCAAAGUAAUACUUUUUACAGUAGCCUUUUGUGUUUAUAGAAGGUGUUUUACUAGGUAUUAAAUGAAGAGGAACCUUUUUCUUUCUUUUAUGACUCUGAGGGAAAGCAGUACUUUGGCCACCAAUAUAAAGUUGUAUUGCAGCCCAUGACUAAUGAUAAAUUUGUUGUGAAGAAACCUGCCAGCAGCUAAUUUCCUGAGUUUAAACAUAUUUUAUAUGAGAAAAAUAAUGAAUACUUAGAUGUGUAACUAGAUUGAGCAUCUUUGACUUGUUAAAACUUUAAGGAAAUGUCUGUUCUAGAUUUUUGUAGCAUGCCAUGUAGUUAUUCUCAGUUUUUGAGAGGAAAAAAUAACUGAAUGACAUGAUGUCUAGCACGGCCACUUAAUGCUAUAAAAGUUGGUCAGUUAAUGGCUCUGUGCCUACUAAAGCAUGCAAAUGUGGAGGGGGAUAAUUGUUUUCCAUUUAUUCUUGCAAUUGGGCAGUAAGAAAUCAGAGUUCAGUCCUGUUCUGUUCUUUUGCUUAGGUCUAGGAAGUCCUCAUGGGAGAGUAAGCUAGAGAGGUUAUCCAAUUUAGCCUACAGCCCUAUAUAUACAUUUACCUUGGAGUAAGUCCCAAUACUGCUUACUUCCAAGGCAAGCUAGAUAAAGAUCCUGGGUAAGUCACAAUAGCCUCCAAAAAUUGCUUCAUUUUGCAAUAUGUAAGCAAGGCAUGUUAUGAGGUGUGUAAUAAAAAACAGUACAAAACAGAGUUUUGUACUAUUAUCAAGCAAGGGCAGAGCACAAUUCAUUUUCUGCUUCUUGGAAAGUACUUUGUAUUUAUGGGUGUGUUCAGUGAGACUACAGAAGGCAGUUGGUUGUGUACUGCAUGGUUACCUUUCUAUAUAACAUAACAAAUGCUAAACACGUAUUUUGAAAUAAGUUGGAACUGAAACUGUGAACUCUCCUUAUAGGAGGAGGCCCCAGAUUUAAAGAACCCUUUACAAAACAGAUUAAAUUGACAUUAAUGAGACUUUCCUACUUAGGUCAUCUCUUCCAACUCUGGAUUUCUCUCUAUAUAAGACAUGAAAAUGAAAACUUUUGUUCUGUUUUGCAAAAAUUUCCAUCCUUAGAAUCCUGUUGGCAGCAUACAGACAUGUGUAAAGCAGAGCAGGGCAGUUCAGAACCUGCAGUUAAGUCUCUGGGUGGUUUUCAGUAGAGCAGCAAAGGUUUCCUGCUACUUAUGGUUUAAAAAAUAUGACCCCCCCCACUCCUCAAAUUAGGCUGUUGAAUCACCAGAACUCCCUACUCCUAGAGGUGUGUCUAGCACCUUCAUUAUACAGCUUUUGUAUAAUGCUAAAGGUAUACCUCUUUACCCUGGCUUUUGACACUUAGGGUGUAUGUUUUCAGUCCCACCUUAUUUCUAUAAUUUUAAGUUGUUAUAAACUGAUUUUAAUAUUUUAAUUGUUGUAACCUGCUGUGGGACCUUUGGAUGGGGGUGGGUGGGUGAUUAGUGACAACAACAACAGAGGAAGAUGAUGUUUGUAUGAAAGGAUCUAUGUGGUACUGGUAUGAUUCUGGUACUGAGCAUAUUCUCAGAGACAACAUUUUCCUCAGUUCUGUGUCCUUUCUACGACAUUAUUUUGUAUGUGGCUCCAGAUGGUGGACCUCAGGAUUCUCAUGACAAAGUAAACCCAUAUGCCUAAAGUUUUCCUGCUUCUGCUAUAAAGGAAUGGUACAGAGUCUAUUAUGUAACAAUGACCAAUUGCUAAAAAAUCUGCCUCACAUAUGGAACAGUUGCUUCGUUUACAGAAUGAAGACGUUUGUGCACCCAGGACUAUGUUGUGGAUAAAUAGACACUUCCACAUAGUUAUUUUUUCCUGUUCAGUAUAUGCAGUAUGCUGUGCUAUUGCUUAUGCAUGCAUGUAUUAUUAUGCAUACUGUAUUACAGUACAGUAUCUUGGGCAUGUGGCCUUCUAGCUUACAACCUUUGCAUAGUGCCUGUCUGGCAAUCACAAUUGUUUCCCACCCAUGCAUCACCACUCCACCCCGUCCCCAUUGUCACCCCAACAGCUAUUUGACAUAGGUUAGGUUGAGAAUGGGUGACUAUCCCAAAAUCAUCUAGUGGGUUUUAUGACCAAAUAGUAUCUGUCACCUUGUCCAGUACUCUGUUUAAUACUCUACUCUUGACUCCUAGUGUAAUAAUUCUUGUGCAAUUGUAUCUUGCUUCCUACAUUUCAGGAACUAUAUUUCACAAACCUUUCUAAACAGAAACAAAAGCGAGUAAUGGAGAAGAAUGGGAACAACCGGAAACUUCGGGUUUGUGUUGCUACCUGCAACAGGGCUGAUUAUUCCAAAUUGGCCCCAAUCAUGUUUGGCAUUAAAGCAGAGCCACAGUUCUUUGAGCUGGAUGUUGUGGUUUUGGGCUCCCACCUGAUUGAUGACUAUGGGUAAGGUUUAUAAUUUUGUUUGUUCUGCUAUCUUGGCAGCCCUGAAUAUACUUGCUAUCAUUACUGCAUGCAGUGCUGAUAAAUACAUCAAAUAGGACAAUCUCUAUGAACUGAUUAUGUAACAAUUGAUUUAUUGCUAUUUUUGCAAACAAUACCAGACACAUAGUAGUAAAGCUGAGGAAAACUAAUACCAACUUUCAUUCUUCUAUGUCACUCAUAACGGCAGUGCCUUUGUUCUGUAAUAAAAUGUUACCUUCUUGGAAUAUGGUACACAAUAUUUAAUCAAGUUUAAAAAGAAUGGUAAGCUAAGUCUUAGGGUUGAGAACGCAUGGAAAGCCUUUGGGUAUGUUUAUUUUUCAACUGCUUUUCAGGGAAUAAAAGCAUAGCAGUGGACAUGGCUGGGAGGCAGUUUCUGCCUUUUCCUGGGGUACUUUUUGGCACUGAAAAAUCUUAGAAAUAGUCAUUUAUUUGGGUUUUUAGAGAUAACUGCCCUGAACAUCAUUUGCAGGAGGACUAGGCCAGUUUGAUGAUCAUAGUCCUGAGGCUUUGGAUUGCAUUUGAAUGUAGUGUUCACAAAACACAACACAGUAAUAGGUGUCUUCAAAUGAUGUUGCAGAUAUGAACCUAAAAGGAGAGGUUUAGUUUUGCUGUACAACAGAAGAUCGGGGGUUGGCACUCUUAAUAGAAUGAUUUUUUUAUUGCAAAGGAGUUAUUCCAGUUUUCCUGAUCCCUGUCCUGAACAACUUAUUCUGCUAAUGUUGUAAUUAACACCAUGCUAAAUCAGAGUUGCAGCUCCAUCCAUUUUUUUAAAAGCACCGUUUUUCAAUAGAAGGCUAAUUCCAAUGAGUAGCUUGCAAUUAUUAUUUUUUUACAUAGGUGUACGGUCCAGACCAUGAGCAAUAUCUAAAUUGAGAAAUGUGUGAGGGCUAAGUAGGAAAUGCACCAUAAUUCUAAGGAAUAAUGCCAGCUAUUAAGAUAUUGCAAGGUCUAACCUUCAAAUCCUUUCUCAGUGAUAGCUUUCCAUUUUGGCAGGAUGCCAGUGGUCACGAAGAAGUUAGUUUUGCUAACCAUCCAAUUCAAAUUGAUGUGUUUGCUUUUUUUUUUUUAAGAUAAAAAAUAAAGAGUGCUUUGCUGGCUUUCAAACUUUUUGGCUGGAAUUAGGGAUUAAAUUAUGGACUGAAACAAUUAAGAAUUCCAAUAUAAUUGAGGCAGGAAAGUAAAUCACUUUUGCAGAUGGAAGGAAAAUAUUUUUCCUCCUCAUUGUUAUGACUCCUGACUUUUACCCAUUUUGCAGAUAGGCUUGUGAUUAACACUAAUAACGAUGCUGGAACAUCACAAGUGUUUCGUCUUUCUCCUUUCAUUGUGUCUCAGCAGUGUUCAUUUCCUCUUACUAACAGCAAAAUAUAGUUUUAUUUUGGCACACUGCAGUUUCAUUUUUAUAUUACUAGUUUUUAAAUCCUAUGAUUAUAUCAGAAGUUAUGUUUAAACACUAGAAUGCUGUUCAUCUCCAUAUUCAUAAAGUGGAAUUGGAGCAACAUUCACUUUCACAAGUGACUAUAAUGUUGAUCAUCUGAAUCCAUUAUCACUUGGGAUAAACUUUUGGAACCUAGAGUAUCCAAACCUCUCAGCCAUAGAUAAACAUAGAAAUUUUAAUAGUUUGUAACUAGUUGCAUGGGUUUAAAAAAUGUUAUUAUUUCCUAAUGUUAGUCAUACAUUGUCAAAGAAACACCAUUUUAUGAAACACCAUUUUGCAAUUUUAACACUUUCCCCUUUUCCUCUUCCCAGUAACACUUACCGUAUGAUUGAACAGGACGACUUUGACAUCCACACUAGGUUACACACAAUAGUGAGAGGAGAAGAUGAGGCAGCCAUGGUGGAAUCUGUAGGCCUUGCCUUGGUCAAGCUGCCAGAUGUCCUCAAUCGUCUGAAGCCUGACAUAAUGAUAGUCCAUGGAGACAGGUUUGAUGCUUUAGCAUUAGCAACAUCUGCAGCCUUAAUGAACAUUCGAAUUCUUCAUAUUGAAGGCGGAGAAGUCAGCGGUACUAUAGAUGACUCCAUCAGACAUGCCAUAACCAAGCUGGCUCAUUAUCAUGUGUGUUGCACAAGAAGUGCAGAGCAGCAUUUGAUAUCUAUGUGUGAAGACCACGACCGUAUCCUCUUGGCAGGCUGCCCUUCAUAUGAUAAGUUGUUAUCUGCCAAAAACAAGGACUACAUGAGCAUUAUCCUCAUGUGGUUAGGUAGGUGUGCUGUGAAUAUAGGCUAUCCGACCUGUGACCCUCCAAGUUGAAUGCAGGCCACCAGCUUUAUAUGACAGCCUAAUAGUGGUUGCAGGUACAGAGCAAAGGGGAUGUUUUGUACCCUCUAAUGGGGCUGUCAUCAUGGUUAGUGGGAUGCAUUUGGCUUGGUGUGUCACACAUUGUGCAGUCUUUCUUUAGGUUAUGUGUUGGAGAUUGGUGCUGUUCUCUUACCUCUGAUUAGAGGAGUACGGAAGGCUUAUUCAGGAACACACAAGUAUAAUCAUGUGAGGCUGGUUUGUGUACAGUUGGGCUGUGAACAUUUGCCCUUUGUCACCUCUGUUCCAGCCUUUCCCCAGUGUUAUCCAUUAACUUGGGGUUACAGAUCACAAGGACAUCCUCCAUACAUUUGAUAGGCUGUCCUGCUGCUGACAAACUGACAAUGUGGGAUAGUGUUAGGUAGGCAGAGGUAGGGUUAUAAGCUCAGUUACACUCUCCUGUCUCACAGGAUUAUUCUUGCAUGUUCCUAAAUGCCCAGAGUCUGACUCCUGUUAAUGUCUUCAUAAGUAGACAUUUUGGAGUGAAAAUUAGGGUCUGUUAAUCUUGGGGUAUAUGGAGAAUAUUGCAGAACCCUGAGAGAAUUUUGCAUUAGGAACAAUGAAUGUAAGGCAUGUAGAAUAAACAGUGUAGCAGAAUAUAUUUCAAAGACUUCGGAUUUGUUGUAACGAUCCAGAUGAGCCAAUUCAAUUCUUUGGGGUUUGACAAUAUAAGUUCUUAAAUGUAAAUCUUCUCCUGCAUUGGGGGUACAAACUGCUUUUUAGGUUUUGGGUGGAGUUCAAAAUAAAUUGAACCAAGUAUUGUAUAAUAUACAGAGACUAGAAUCCAAUAUCUCUGUUUGUCUUUAAAAUAAAUGAAGACACCUUCCUUUUAAGGCCAAGGAUUGUCACAAAGCUGAACAGAUAAAUGAUUGUACUAAAAUAAUCUGGCACCAUACAUAAUUCAGUCUUGAUCAGAUCUUUCCAAACCAUAAUGCAAGAAAUACUCCAGGUAACUACUGUAAUGAUUUCAGAACAAUUUAUUUUUUAUUUCACAGUGGAAUAAAUCUUGAGUAAUUUCCCAGAAUGAAAUAUGGGGUUUUUUGGUUCUUGUCCAACCCAAUUAUAUUACUUUUUUAAAGCUGGCUUUUGUUUUUACUUUGCUUUUACAGGUGAAGACGUAAAACCAAAGGAUUAUAUAAUUGCUUUACAGCACCCAGUGACCACAGACAUUAAACAUUCCAUAAAGAUGUUUGAAUUGACUUUGGAUGCCUUAAUCUCUUUUAACAAGAGGACGUUGGUUUUAUUUCCAAAUAUUGAUGCAGGUGAGGGAAAAGAGUUCUUAUUCAAUGAAUCUAAAGUUAAUAUUGUAGCCUGUGAAGAGAAUGAAAAAUACUUGCUUUUGAAUGCUACCAAAUGCAGCCCCUCGGGCCCAUCAGCUCCCAAAGGGUUGCCCAGAAGGGAAUAUGGCUCUCAGUUUUCCCAUUCCUGGUGUACAUAGUGAUGCUUCCAAAAUUCAGUUACUUACCGUUAAGUGAUCUACUGUUAUUUUCAUUACAGGGAGCAAAGAAAUGGUUCGGGUAAUGAGGAAGAAGGGUGUUGAACACCACCCCAAUUUUCGAGCAGUAAAGCAUGUUCCAUUUGACCAGUUCAUUCAGCUGGUGGCUCAUGCUGGGUGUAUGAUUGGAAACAGCAGCUGUGGUGUGCGAGAGGUUGGGGCAUUUGGUACUCCUGUCAUCAAUCUUGGGACACGCCAGAUAGGAAGAGAAACAGGUAUUGUAUUCAAGUAAGGCUAGCAGUGUUCUUGUAGCAUAAGUUUUCAUGGACAGGAGCCCAGUCCAUUGGAAAUGUGAAGUGUUAUCCUUGGUUAGUAGGCGUAUAUGUCUGUACUGGAAACAUGCAGAGCUACCUUCCUGCAUUUCUUUUCUUAGGUGUGCCCCACUUUGUUACUUAGAAAUGAUAACUGGCAAAUGGGUUUUGUGGCUGUUUUUAAAUAAAGGAAAAAUAUAUUUUCUGCAACCCAUGUAUCAGAAAUGUAUAAUAAAGCAGUGCUUUUAUUAUGUCUUUUGACCAACUGAGGAAGCCACCAGAUAGAACAGGAAACCAGACAGUAAUGUUGCUAAUGGAGCAAAAAUUGCUUUAGCAUUCUCUUGGCAUGGAAAAAAAGAGCCUCAUACUUGGGGCAGGGGAUAACUUUGACAAAGGAAAUAAAUCCAAUUCCCCCUCCCCCCAUGGAAUAACUAAAGCUGCAAGGGAGGAAAGAAGGUGAAGAAGCUUGCUGUCAACCCAUCUUUUGGCCCAGAUGCUAUCCAGUAUUGUGAGAACUUUGAACUUGAAAGGUUAUUGCCAAAGACAAGCCUUGUUGUGAUAGCUCUGUGGCUUCAGAUACAAAGGGUCAGAACAAGCUCUCUCACACAAGCUCUCUGAAGCCAUCCUGGCGGAGGAGAGAGGGCUUGGGUGUGUUUUGUACCUGGCUUAAGCAGAGACACUGCUUGCCUGAAUGUGGGGACUGAAAUGUCCAAAGAGGACGUAAGGUCAUAUAAGGGGGGAAAUCCUCUUCUUCCAUGCUCAUCUUUUUCUUCUCUGCAUUGUUUGGUCAUGGGGCCCGUUUGUACUAUUGCAUUAUCAAAGCCCAUUUCAUUGUGCAGCAGUGAUCAAGGCACACCACAUACUAUGGGAUUAAUGGGCACAAGCAACCAUAUCUGUAUUUGAGUUCCUGUUUUAGAGUCAUUUGGCCUACAGAGGAUCAAACAGCUGGGGACCAGGCAGCUUGGGCUCCGAGUUCUGUAUAAUGUAGCCAAGUGCCUUAUGUACUUGCUUGGCAAUCACACUGCUAUAAGAGUGUGCUGUGCUUUUUGCCACACUUUCAGGGAACACCAUGUACACUUUUACACGUUCAGCACCAUAGUUGAACUUUAAUUCAUAUACACAGACUGUCAUUGCCAAAAGUGUGAAAACAAUAGUAUAAUUAUCUUAAAAUUAAAUAGUUAUAGUCAAUAGCGGACGGUGGAGUGUGGCGGAGAGGCUCACUUGACUUCCCAACAGUUGAACCACUGUUUAUUAUUAGAGGGGAAAGGCAGUGGGAAGGUCAGUGCUGUUUGCACUUCACCAGCCUCCUCACCCCUUCCCCUCUCCUUCCUGGCCAGGUAAGCACGGCCGCUGCACUAUAAGUCUGCUACUGAUUAUACUAGCCUAUCUGCCUGCAAUGCAGGUGUAACAUCUCUCCAACUCCAAUCUCAUCACUUGUAACUAUGCCUGGUGAGGAUAUGUUGGUAGCGUUCAAAAGCAAGUAUUUUUCAUUUUAAAUUCAUUUUCUUCCUAAAUAUUACUGCUAUCACUUUUCCAAAAACAAAAUCAAGGUGAAAAUGUCCUUCACGUUCGUGAUGCUGACACACAGGACAAAAUACUGCAAGCUCUGCACCUCCAGUUUGGGAAACAAUAUCCUUGGUAAGUACAGUCUUUAAAAUAGUGAAAAUACUUUUGUUAUGUUGCAACUUUCCCCUGCUGGUUAAGCAGCAGCAGUGCCACUGGUCAGGAAGGUGGCAGUAUGGCAUCACACUGGGCUCCUCUGCCAAUAUGCCAAGUGCAGUUGCACCAUAGAUUUGUUUAAAGCUAUUACAAUACUGGCAGUUACAUUUUUGUUAAUCCCCAAUACAUAUUUUUUAAACUUUCCCUAAUACAUAUUAAAGUUUGCGUCACUAGCAGAUAAAUGUUAAGCUUUAAUACAGGAAGGGCCUAUGGCUGCACCAGCAUAUAGCUAACAAGUGUUGGUGUUGCAUUUAUAUUGCAGAAAUAUGUUGCAUAGAUGUUGCAUUUAUAUUGAAGAAAUAUGUGUAGAUAUAAUUAUUUAGGAUCAAACUCUCAUCUACAAAUGGCACUGGUGAAGUUUUUCCCCAUGAUGUUGGUGAAACACUGUUCAGCCACGUUUUAUAGAGGAUAUCAUUAUGUAAAACAGAACUGUUUUAUUUCUGUGAAUUGAUCCGAUGCUCACAGCGUUGGUUGAGCCCCUUACACCAGAGUCUUAAUGGCCACAAAAUGUCUUAAAGUUGGGUAUCCUACAUUAUUCCCCUUUCCUUUUUGUAAUAAUAAGUUUGUAGUGUGACUAUAUCAAAAUAAAUUGCAAUGUUGAUAGUGUGCAGUAGAUAAGAGGCUAAACUCCAAAUGAGGAACUCCCUGUUUUAAAUCUUUUGUCUGCCACAGACAGCUUUAGGGCAGCCACAUUCUCUCAGCCAUAGCUCUCACUUGUAAUAUAGGAAUAAUAAUACUAACUCACAUUACAGGAUUCUCAGGAUUACUGAGAUAAUGAAUAUAAAGCACUCUGCACACUCAAAAGCUCUAUAUACAUACAUUCUCAUCAGACUCGCAGUUCACAUAGGUUACUAAUCCAUCACAUGGAACUCUUCGACAUAACUGUAGGAAUCUUUAACGCUUUCAUUCUUCUGUGGGUGUAUUUCAAUGCUUGAUAAAAAUGUGUCUGCACUGCACUCUUUCUCUAGCUGAUCUUUAUAUCUUUACCAUUUCCCAUCACUUUCCUAUGCGUCAUUACAAUCUGUCUCAUAUAGUCUGAUUUAAUGCAGAGCUACUCAGAAGUACAUCCCCCAGAGUUAAGUUUGGUUUACUUCCAGUUAAGGAUGGAUAGAAUUAUAGCUUCUGGAUUUUAUGUACAGUGCCAAGGUCAUAAGCACAGUAGAAAUAGUUAGAAUAAUAUAAGUGCAUAAUUUUGCCAACUAGGCAAAAACCCAGCUAGGUUCUUGAAUAAGCAGUAUGCAGGUUGAUAUAUAGAUCUAUGAAAAAUGUCAUUUUAGAUAUCCUUAAAUGUAGUUUUCCAGUUGAAAUAGAUGAGAUUUAGAUUGACUUAACUUUUGACUAAAUUCAUUUAACUUUUCAAAUUUAUGUUUCCUAUAAAUUUGCAAAUCAGUUAUCACAAGCACAAAUUCUUCCUGAGAAAAUUGUAUUUUUGUCUUCUUCCCCCCUACUUGCAAUCUAGAAAUCGUUGAUUAGGAAUUUAAGGUGCGUAGUUUUGUAACAUGUCACCUACAUUAAUUGCUGUUAUUUGAUGUUAUAGUUCAAAGAUAUAUGGAGAUGGGAAUGCUGUUCCAAGAAUCCUAAAGUUUCUUAAGUCUAUUGAUCUUCAAGAACCCCUUCAGAAGAAAUUCUGCUUCCCUUCUGUAAAGGAAAACAUCUCUCAAGAUAUUGACCAUAUCCUUGAGACCCAGAGUGCUCUGGCAGUGGAUCUGGGUGGAACAAACCUCCGAGUUGCAAUUGUCAGCAUGAAGGUAAAUAUAAACAGUAAGACCAGGUGGGAACUUCCAUUGGGGAGGUUGGGGUGGGGUGCACAGUGCAAUUUUUAAAUGGACCGCGUUUAAAAAACAUGCAGAAUGUGCAUGUUUAUCUGUUUAUGUGGUACUGUUUUUGAGGUUGGUCCAAAGGCUUCAGCUGGUGCAGAACACGGUGGAUGGGUUGCUUUUGGUGGCAAACUACCACUAGCAUAUAACACCUUGCUAGUUAGAUUUGUACUGGCUGCCAAUCCGCUACUAGGCCACGUAGAAGGUUUUGGUACUUACAGUCAAGGGUCUAUAUAAAAGCAGCAUAUUUAAUAGACUGCCUUAUCCCUAACAUACCACCAAAUAGGUCACUGCAUUCUGCAGGAGAGUUCCUCAUCAGAAGCCUGCUCUACAGUAAGAUGGAGCAGGAAUUUUAGUGUUCUGCCCCUGUCCUGCAGAACACCAUCCCUGCUAAGAUUGAAAAGCUCAUAAUGUUAGUUUUGUGCUGUUUUUAACUGCUUUUGUUAUGUUUUGUGCAUCACUUUGGGACAUAUGUGGAAGGCAAUUAAUAAAUAACAAUUUCACUCAACCAUAAGGCAGUUCUGUAGGGAGAGUAGCAUGUUGGCACUAAAUUAGCUGCAUAGGAAAAGCCCUCUGAAACCCAAAGGCAUGAGAAUUUCCUAUCUCAUAUAUAGCCUACUUCAAUAAGUUUAUAUUGAUGAUCCAUAGUCAUAAAACAAAACUUACAGCUAUAGCCAUACAUGAAUGUCCCAGCAAUCCAAAAAGGGUUGUACACUUGAAUUCAAACAAUUCACAGAAGAAGGUGUAAGUCAAAAUCCUAUUGAACACUCUUGGGAGUGGGAUUGAACCACUUAAAAAACAGGAAGAAAGUCUGUCACAUGCAGGUUACACCCUGGUUGAUGGUGAAGCCUGCAUACAAACAAUGUGUAUCUCCAGCAUAUCUCCAACAAGAUGAACCCCUGUGCUAUGCAACUGGAAGGCAUUAUACGGGGUGGGUCUACCAUGCUAGUAUUCCUGGUGAAUAACUUAAAACAUUUUUUUAAAAAGCUUGAUUUUAUUUAAUGAAAGGGUUGGCAUCCACCUGUCUCAGGAGACAGUGAAGGAGUGCAUCUUGGGGGAGGGGGUGGCACAAAGUAAACCAUUGGAAGGUUGCAGUGCCUGCUGUGGUUGUAAAGAACGAUACGAGAGGGACAUGUUUUGUUGCAGCUGGGGCAGAUGAAGGUAUCCAGUUGUGCUGCUGCAGAUGUACCAUGGCAUUUCUUUUCUCUGCGCUCCUCCUAGCGGUCCUUCCUCUUCUGGUCACUGCUACAUGUGCAGGACCUGUCUGUCUGUUUCCAGCCACUGCAGCCAUCUGCAACCUUACAUUAUUUAUUUAAUGUAAACUCUUUUAAAAGUACAGGUGACAAGCACUGUUUCAGAAGGGAUAGUCUCCUCUUCACACUUGCAGAGGAGGGAUACUUUUCUAAGAUGGCACCUGCUGUGAAAUACUCACACGUCAUCUAAAAACAAAGCUAGUAUGCUUAUUUCCCUUAAACGAUUGUUUUUAUUGCUCCAUUGCUCCUUUCCUGCUGUAGAGUGUGUUGACCUCACCAUUUUCCUCCCAUCUGGAGUGCAAACAGUCUUUGGACCAGCAAUUAAGCAUAGACUGAGCUUGGGCAUAUAGCUUGUAGGAGUAGGAUAUGCCAAUUGAGUACAUCCCAUCCCUGAAUGAAAGCCCAGGGAGGUUGCAUGUCCACACACAAACACUUCUGUCUCCUCAGCUUACAUUUGUAUACUAUGCAUAUUCUCUUGCUCUUUGAUCCCUGUCACAUAUUUGACAGCCUGUGGAGAAGCCACUUUUAAUAUAGUUGUGGUCAGUUAGAAAAAUAUGAGAAGCUUAAUGGUGUUUCCCUCUCACUUAGGGUGAAAUAGUUAAGAAAUAUACCCAGCUGAAUCCAAAAACUUACGAGGACAGAAUAGCGUUGAUCCUCAAGAUGUGUGUAGAGGUUGCCUCAGAAGCAGUAAAUCUGAACUGCAGAAUUCUGGGUGUGGGUAAGUUUUUAACAAACAUUUAAUUUUUUUUUACUUCACUAAAGGAGAACAUUAAAUCAAAGUGCUAUAUAUUUCAAAGAUAAUUACUAUAUUUAUUGAUUUAGAACAUUUUGCUGAACAGAGUUCCCUGGGUGGGUUACACAAUGCUGGAUCUGCUGUACAAUUUAAACUGACUUACUACAGAAAACAGUUAAAGGCAGAUCUGUUUGUAAUUAUAAACUGCAAAAUGCAUUACUAUGUUAUAUUAAUGCUUAUAUAUAGUUCUGUAAUUCUGCACCUUGUGCUUUUCAUAACAAGUUGCUAAAUUCUGCAAAAGUAAUUUGCAUUUGCACAUACAGAUUUGAGCAUAUUCUUUCCCUUUGAGACUAAAGGGAAAAAAGGCACUGAUUGCAGUACUAAAGGUUGGGGUGACAUAGAAGACACAGCCCUAAUCAGCCUUUAAAUCCUUUGCAGCUUCUGGGAUCCCUUUUACUUUUAUAUCAAUGAGAUGUGUGAUAGACAAGGAACAAUGAAGGACAAGUCAAAAUCUGAAGCCAGCUAGUGCUGUUGAUGCAUCUCCUUUAAAGUUUGAAGAAAAUGAGUGACAGUUUGUAGCUUGCUUAGGGGGAUUACUGAUGACUGCCUAUUUUUAUUUGAAAAUCUGAAAGGUGUUUCUGAAUGGCAAGAUUUUUAUUUUAUUUUUGUAUAUUAUAAACACCGGAUUUAGAUGCUCUCCUUUCUGGUUCUUUGUGGCUCAGGUAUUUCUACUGGUGGACGAGUAAAUCCCCGAGAAGGCGUUGUUCUUCAUUCCACAAAACUUAUUCAGGAGUGGAAUACGGUUGAUCUGCGGACUCCGAUAUCGGAUGUGCUUCACUUGCCAGUGUGGGUAGACAAUGACGGUAACUGUGCAGCUUUGGCAGAGAGAAAAUUUGGGCAAGGAAAAGGAGUGGAAAACUUCGUAACCCUCAUCACUGGUACAGGUAUCUAUCUAUGUGCUUCGGCCAAAAUCCAACGUAGAGCUAAACCACUGAAAUCCUGCAUUUUAAACACAUUUAAAUAUUGUGUUGGAUCAUAAUUGCUGACUCAAAGCAGUAGUUAUUUUUUUUUAAAUGAAUUAUGUGCCAGUGGUUGCCGUUUGAACCUGACUGUUCGCUAUGACAUUUAAUUUCCCUUAACCUAUAGGAAGCAUGUGGCCAUUUUGGGUAGUAGCAGCUCAAAUAGCAAGCUUCUCCUCAUUGAUUAUGGCACUCAUAGAAGAGCAUGUAUGAGACAAAUCAAACUUGCUAAUUCUCAGAUACAAGUUCAAGAAGGAAUUGCUGCAAAAUGGAGUGGGGGGCCCUUACACAAGCAUCCCCUGUGCACCAUUUAGUGCAGGGGUAGGCAACCUAAGGCCCGUGGGCUGGAUGCGGCCCAAUGGCUUUCUCAAUCCGGCCAGUGGAUGGUCCAGGAAUCAGCGUGUUUUUACAUGAGUAGAAUGUGUGCUUUUAUUUAAAAUGAAUCUCUGAAUUCGUUCAUAUAUUUUUUUCAAAAUAUAGUCCGGCCCACCACAUGGUCUGAGGGACAGUGGACUAGCCCACGGCUAAAAAAGGUUGCUGACCCCUGGUUUAGUGCUAUUCAUUGAGGUCCUCUGACCCUUUGGAUAGAUUUUCCUGGAGUACAAGGAGGAGGAGAUGGAAAUGCCCCUUCCAUACUUCCUUCUGCUCACAGUUAUACCCAAGCCGUAAUGUUGUUUAACCACUUUGGGAUGUGUUAACUGAGAUUGAAAUACUGCAUAUAAUUGAAAAAAUAAAUAAAUAGGUCUGGAAAAUAUAUCAAAAUGGAAUGGAGAUUUACAAAUUCUAGUAGCAGAAGGUGCCUGGCAUUUAUUUUCUAGAAUUUUGUUGUUUUCUAUCGCAUGAAUUAGAAAGGGAAAAAAAGUUUUAACGUGGCAACACACAUGUGUUUUCGUGUCUUAUAGGUAUUGGCGGUGGAAUCAUUCAUCAGAAUGAAUUAAUCCAUGGAAGUUCUUUUUGUGCUGCUGAGCUUGGGCACAUUGUAGUCUCUUUAGAUGGACCCGAGUGCCUGUGUGGGAGCCAUGGAUGUAUCGAAGCGUAUGCUUCUGGAAUAGCCUUGCAGAGAGAAGCUAAGAAGUUGCACGACGGUAGGUGGAACCUAUUCCUCUUUUUUUUGUUAACCACAUUAUGUGCAUAUUGCAAGCAAUCUAAAAGGAAAAAAGUUCAUAUACAGAACGUUCAUUUAAAUAAUUACAUUGUCAGAAUACUAAAUAUAGUUUUGGUAGCAGCAUUUUCAAGGGCAAUUUUACUUUGCUGUCAGUAGCCAAGCCAGUAUAACUUACUUGCAAAGCAAGUCCACAUCUGAACUAUGCACACAUGUUGCAUAGGCAUUCUCAACAGAAAGCCAGGUGUUUUACAAGACUGCUCAAAGUAGCCCAGUAUGACUGAAUAUAAGGCAAUUUCCUCCGGCCAUAUACAUGUGAAUACCUUUGUUUGGUGAAAUGCCGCUUUUUAUGUCUUCUCAGCUGCCUCAUUCUCAUGAUGAAACUUUGGCAGUAGCUACUUUAAGACCUCACAGCAGCUUUGUUUUAUUUUAAUGUUGAUAAAUUACUUAAAUCAUACCACUUUACAUUGAUAAAGAAUUAUCAGCUCCACUGGUUCUAGUCACCAGAUAGUAGCUCUUCUGUUAAUAGGGAGCAGAAAAAGAGAGGGGCCGGAAUUCAAAAAGCACCCCACUGAUAAUGAGUAGCGUAGUAUUUGAAUACUGAGUGGCAUAAUAUCUGUGUGACUGGUGGGGCAGCCACAGCAAUAACCUCCAGGCAGUGGCAUAACUGCUACUUGGGGAAAGAGGCAGAGGUAAGGUUGGGACUGCACCUGCAUAUUCAGUCUGGUGCUCCUACUGUUCCACCUGCACAUGCCUGACCUCACCGUUUUGCCUCUCCUGGUAAGUGCUAGUAAUGCCCCUUUGUAGCUCUGCUCCACCAAACCCCACCCCGCCCAUGGUCUGACGAUAGUUUAAGCAAUAAUACUAUGUUGAAUCAUGAAUGCUCAAGCAACCCAGUGGGGUAUUUUCUACAGAGUAGUUUCAUAUCCUCAGAGAGCUACAACAAGGGGCUUGUACUUAAUUGCUCACAUCAGGAUCUGUACAGUGGUACCUCGGGUUACAGACGCUUCAGGUUACAGACGCUUCAGGUUACAGACGCUUCAGGUUAUAGACUCCGCUAACCCAGAAAUAGUACCUCUGGUUAAGAACUUUGCUUCAGGAUGAGAACAAAAAUUGUGCGGUGGCGGCGUGGCAGCAGCGGGAGUCCCCAUUAGCUAAAGUGAUACCUCAGGUUAAGAACAGUUUCAGGUUAAGAAUGGACCUCCAGAACGCAUUAAGUUGUUAACCAGAGGUACCAUGGUAUUUCGUUGGCUUCUUAUGGUUGGUGAAAUGUAACAAACCACUAGCCUGUUUAUGGUAGUGCUUGAAUUGUAACGCCUUGUUCUCUUCCCUUUUCUCUCCCCCCCCCUUUUUUUUUGUUCAAGCAGAGGAUUUAUUAUUAAUUGGGGGGAUGUCUGUAAUGAAGGAAGAAGUAGUAACGGCUGCACAUCUCAUUCAGGCAGCCAAACUAGGAAAUACAAAAGCUGACCAUAUUGUCAAAACAGGUAAGAAUGCAAACAUGGAGCAGAAAUCUUUGUUAGAAUCCUGGCUAGGGAUAAAGAUGUGGUGUGGUGAGACUGUGGAAUAUUUGCUGUCUGAAAAACUGGUUCUGUUUGCAGGCAACGCAUGGACGUUUUGCAGAUAGCUGUCUGACAUAACCUGAAUUGAGGCCCUUGUCACUUCAGCUGUGUCCUGUUCUUCUCUUCUUUGCUGGGUGUUCUAAGCAUCAGUCCAACCCACAAUUUAAGAAACUAUAUAUGAUCCUAAACAGAAUAAUACCUAUCGGGGAAUGUUGCUUUCUGGGACAUUCUGGCAUUUCUAUUCCCGUGCUAAAUUGGAGUGCAAUAUUAUUUUGUGAAUCUUGUGUUAGCUGUCUUGAGAUCUUCUCUCGGAUGUAAGCCUUCAAAAUAAAUAAGUACUGUGUACACAUUAAAUAAAUGAAAUUUGUCACAUGAUACCAGAACCUUUUUAAAAUUAGUUUUAAUGACUCUUGAUAUUAAGCUGCCCUUAAAUAAAAGCAGGCAGUAGCUUUAUUUUUGACAUUUGAAAGUGGUGUAAGCGAGACAUGGUGUUGCACACUCACCCCCACUAUUACCUCUAAUAAACAUGUUUCAUGGUGUGUUAAGAACCUUGCAAAAUCUCUUUGUAUAUGACAGUGAAGCAAAAGAACUGUAGAUAUAGACCAAGGGCAAGACUACUUCUGUGGAAGCAUUUUCAACUUUAAAAAGUUGCCUCUUGACCAUUGCCAUAUUCAUACUUCUGUUUCUUCUUUUCACAGCAGGGAAAGCUCUGGGCCUUGGAGUUGUGAACAUCCUGCACACUAUUAACCCCUCCCUUGUGAUACUUUCUGGCAUCCUUGCAAGCCAUUAUAUCAACACUGUCAAGGAUGUGAUUCAUCAACAGGCCUUGUUCUCUGUGCAGAAUGUCAAGGUGGUCGUCUCAGAGCUGUCGGAUCCUGCUUUGCUUGGAGCUGCUAGUAUGGUUCUGGACUAUACAACACGCAGGAUAUACUAGGCAAACCAUUGGAAACAUAUUACUGCAGUUUAUAGCAGCUCUCUGAAAAGAGAAGUUUCUUACUUGAGUCAACUUUCUUUUGUUAAGUAGGCUAGUAGGGUCUUCAAAUCUAUAUCUUACUUUUUUAAUGUGCUGUUUCAUUGGGUGCUGGAAGAAUACAGGAUCCUGGGAAGAUUGCUCACAGGGAGACUUUCUCACAACUAAAUAAUUCCUGGGGAUGUCUGAAUGCCAGACAUCUAAAAAUAAAAAUGAGAGAUGUGAAUUCCCUUACUACUUCCUACCCAUGGAUUUUCCAGCUACAUGAGCCAAGAUGUAGUCAUCUCAGUAACCAGAAACUGGAAUAGUCAUUAAAGAAAGAAACCUUCCAUAUGAAUGUUUGCAAGGGUUCCUGCCUCUGCAGAGGCUAAAUGAGCAGCUAUAAUCUUGAUGAGAGACUUCAACAAUUGUAAUGCUAGACUAUCCAGCAGUAUGCAGUGAUCAUCCAUGUAUUUAUUUGUUAAAUUAAUGUUGAAAAACCUAGUUUAGAAGAAGAGCCCAAUGAUAUAUGAUGCACUUACAAGUACAGCUUCCAAGAGCCUAGACAACAUGCUAGGAUGAAGAAGAAAGUGAUUAUCUUUGUCACAUCCGCCUGUAGUGGCGUUUUAUCCUCUAAUGUGGAGGUUAAAGACACUUCCUGGUCUUUUGUUGCAGCUUCAUGUUUAGAGGACUGUGCAGUUAACCUCAGUAGUCUUUUGUGUUACGUGCUUUCUUUGCUUAUCCAUGCUGGUGGCUAGACAACUGGUUGGAGAAAAGAAUCUUGUCUGAUGUGUGUGCGUUUAUCAUUCAACACUUGCUUUGUCUUCAUUGUCUGGAUAAAUUCCACACUUAAACUGACCUUCAAAGAUGUCACAGCAGCCCAAGCACUAAUCUAUUUAUGUGCCUAUUUUCUAUAGGUAGAUUUUUGUUAGGCUACCUUAGAAUGCUCCUAAGAAUAGCCUCAGCUAUAUGUUGCCCCUUGAGGCUGCAAGUCUAAGCAGGCUUACUCAGAAGCAAGAACUGGUUCUUUAUACUGCACUACAGGCAUUGUAAUGUUUGUUCGAAGAUGCAGUUCUCUCCAAACCAGCUGUAUGUGCUGAUUUGGUUUGGUCCAAAAUGUACUGCAGGGUCAGGGUCUUUUUAAUGGUUUGAAAGUCCUUAUUUUGAAAAUGGUGAUCUGUUGCUAAAUACGACCCUCUGUGCUUCUUUGUCUGGCCCUUGCAAUUCUCCUUGGGCCACACCCUUCACCAGCCCUACUUUUCAUGCCAAGUAGUUUUUGCUGGCUGGGAUGUGUCUUUAAACUCUGGUAAUGCCUCUUCCCUGCCUGGAGGGAGAAUAGAAAGGGGUGGGUAUAGAAAUUGGCCUACUGCGCAAAGGUAAAUUUUACUUUCAUUGCUCUGCCCACUUUGGGUUCUGCCCUCAGCCCGUCCCACUAUCCAGGCAACAUCACAGUUCAAGCCAAGGUUUGGAGUAAUGCUGGUGAAAAGUGUGGUGUGGGGCCCAGAAAGCAGUCCUCAGAUGUUCUCCUGCCUUGGCCUGUGUCCAUUUUGUAACUCGGAGAGUAUUUAAUUAGAUCAAGUGAAGGGCUCUCCUCCUUUUCCUAAUUAAUCCCCCCACCUCCCGCAGGAACAUAUUUAGCUUUAAAAUGGUCACAAUCCUUAAAACUGUAUAGCUUCCUGGAUUGGUGGGGGAGAGAGAAUUGGGUUGUGGGGCAAGUGCAUACGCCUCAGUUCUCAUUCUUUCAGCCUCAGUUUAUCCUAAAAGGUAGUGUGUGUAUUCUUAUUUAAAGAGUAAUAGUCACCUCUCCUUCAGGUUCAUGUAAGCUGCUAGUAGAGACUUGAUCACACCAAUUUUGCUGUCCUUCAAAUGAUGUUGCCCUACAUUCCGUGUCUUCUGGAGGGCAGUAAGCAUGCUCAUUCCUCUGGCUUUUUUUAAUUGUACAAACUGAUCAUUUUUUCUGCGUAUCUCAAAUCUUGCCAAAUAUACAGAAACUGCUACCUUGUAUGUGGUUAGCCACUGUGGCCUACCUCAUAUGUUUUGCUGCAUGGGACCACAAAAGUCCAGUAUUGGAUGGAACAAGGAGGAGCUCAAAAUGUAGUGUAGCUCUGACUUGCUUCCAAAUUAUUAAGUACAGGAACACUGAAGUUUGAUACUGGGAGGAGUGGUAGUAAUGACCAUGUAAUAUGUAAAUGGAUUGCUGUGUUGUCAGUUUACCUCUGAUUUGUCUUCUGUACACAUUGGUGUGACUUGCAGAAUUUUCUUGACUUGACUGAUAAGCAGAUUUGAGGGCCUUUGGUACUCGCCAGCAGAAGCAGAGUUGGCUCAUGCUGCAAUUUUCAGUGCAUGGCGGUAUGCUUCACUGUCACACUUUAGCCAGCAAGCAAAGGAAGGAAGAAAGGAUGGAUGGAUGGAUUGCAAGGGGUGGGGUGGAACAAAAAUACUAUGUACCCAUCUUCAUUGAGGUGUGUAUCCUGUAACACUGGCUGCAUCAAACGUAUAUUGCUCAGUUUUCUGAUUUAUUUUUUUAAAACCAUUGUCACCCCAGUUAAUAGAACUAUGGUUGUUGAAUGUGGGCUAUGUGUCUCUCAGAUGAAAUGUCAGAUCAUCAUCAGGUCACUUUAUGUGUGGAGGGAGGGAAUGCCUAUAUUGAAAGACCCCAGAGCCAGUAACUGCUUAUGCUCUGCUCUUGCUGGAUAAGGAUAAACUGGAGUCCUCCCUUAGACAGUCUUAGAAAAAUAUCAAAUAUGUGACACAUACAAGGCCUGAAUUACAGCGGAGUAGCAAAGACAAAUGCACUCACCAACAGAGGGCAAUACUGCACUGUUGUAUUGUUUUAAUUGCUGCUCCUAUAUAAAUGGUACUCCUGUUUAUAUUCAAAUACCUUCAGUAGCUUCCUAUUUAAGACUGCUCUGAAUUGUUAUCACCCCCCCAUACCACAAUGAAACUUGAGAAUCAGUUUCCCUAAAUGCUGUUCAGUUUGAUGGAGGAUAAUAUGAACUUGGGGGAGGGAUUCCGUUCUCAAAUCAAAAUUAGUGUGAGCAUGUUAGCAAUGGCUUGUUGUCCACUUUUAACUAUUUCGUAGUCAGUGUUAGAAAUUAGCCAGGUACUUUUUGCGACUGGCACAGGUUCAAUAGUGACCACAUGGAGAUCUCUGGAUGACAGGCUGGUGACUGACAUCUUCACCUGGCUUGGCCCCUCCAGCUUUCUUAAGCACGCAAGCAGAAGAGCUUAUUUACUGCCUUUCCACCCCACCUUUUUCUCUAGGAGUACACGGUUCACCCCAUCCUCAGUUAAUCCCUACAGUGACCCUGUGAGGUAAGUGAAGAGGCUGUGACUUGCCCAAGGUCACUCGGUGGGCUUCAGGGUUCAAAUCCCCACUCAGUCUUGAUCGCCCAGGUCCAAGUCCGAUACUCUAACCACUACACCACACUGGCUUCCUAGAAUACUUCUGCUAUGGGGCAGCCACUUAAAUUAAGUACAUAAAUAUGGAGAAAGGAAAAUGUCAGUUAGAGAAGGAUCUGAAAUCUUGUCCUUGAAGCUUGAAUUUGUUUUAUACUGGAUUGUUUUUAUUUGGUGCUUUAAUGUUUGUUUCUUUAAUUCAGAAUAAUAAUCCACACUGUUGGGGGUGGGGAUGACACCUAGACAUACCGUUGUGGCUGUAACAGCCACAUAAUAAUUCUUUCCAGGAAACAGUGAAGGCAUACCGCAUUGAGUAGGCUUUGGGAUGAGGGGGAACUCUGAUGGAAUGAAUUUAUGAGCUGCUUGAAACUGCUGCUUUUAUUAACUAUAUUGAGAUAAUUAUUUUUGAAUUUGUGUUUGGGGUCUGUAAAUGUCUUUUAGUAUGUUAUAAACUACCCUAUUGCCUUCUGACAAAGGACAGUAGAUCUCUUAAUAAGCUGAAUACCAACCAUGUUGCUUUUAGGGGUGAAUCAUGCCCCUUCCUGUUAAAAAAAUACAUUUGUUGCUUGACUCCUUAUGAAGUAAUCACCUUUGUCUGAUUCAAUGGCGUGCAUAAAUGGUUAUACCAGAGAAAGAUGCUUAAGUGAUGAGUGCAGAACAUUAAAUCAGUAGAGAAUUACUGUAUCAGAUUUCAUUGCCAUUUUGUAUUGCAAUAUUUUUUUGUAGCCACAAAGACUUGAGGAUGUGAACAUUGUCCUCAUUAUAGAAACCUAGUUUGCCUCUUAAAAUUAAUUUUGUACCAUUUUACUCUUUGGCCUACCAAUUUCAUUGAAAGACAAGGUUUACGUAGGUUAUGUGUUAUGUUGAACACUGAAGGUUUAAAUAAAAAUGAAAGCUAUUAAAUAUGUCCCAA